AUGCUUGUAAAUCAACUGGCUAUUCGUGAGGCUAUACAACCUCAGCCAAGUGCCAGUAGCUCACAAAGACAGAAGGAUAUGAGUUCUCAUAAGUUUUGGAACAAUAAUUUAAUUUUAGGAGAAGUAAUUAAUGAUAAUGGCCCAAUAGAAGAGAACACCCCAUAUGAUCAAAUCCAUGAUGAUGCAAUGUUUCGUUUCGAUUAUUCUGGUGAUUUCUUGAAAUGGGCUUUGCAACCACCAGGAUAUAAGCAAACGUGGCAUGUAGGCGUUCGUGUUAGCUCCACAAAACGUCUCGUUGCUUUUAUUAGUGGAAUUCCUGCUGACAUUAAAAUUUAUGAUUCAUAUCAACACCUUGUUGAAAUAACCUUUCUCUGUGUUCAUAAAAAACUUCGGAGUAAACGAUUGGCACCUGUGCUAAUUAAAGAAAUUACGCGACGAUCUCAUCUUGAAGGAAUAUUUCAAGCAGUUUAUACUGCAGGUGUUGUCCUACCAAAACCAAUUUCUAAAGCUCGAUAUUAUCAUCGCUCUCUCAAUCCUAAAAAAUUGAUUGAAACGAACUUUUCACGCUUACCUCAUAACACUACGAUGUCGCGAUUAAUUAAAAAAUUCAAAUUACCAUCCGAAACAUUGACACCCGGGAUCAGACCGAUGCAAGAGAAGGAUGUUUCUGCGGUUAGAACUUUAUUGAAUGAAUAUAUGAAAAAUUUUAAUUUUGUCGCUGUAUUUAAUAGUGAUGAAGACGUUAGACAUUGGAUUCUGACAAAAGAAAACGACCCUCUCACGAAAAAAGUGACGGAUUUCUUUUCUUUCUAUUGUUUGCCUUCAUCGGUAAUCGGAAAUCCUACGCAUAAAACUAUAAAUGCUGUUUAUUUAUUCUAUUAUGCUGUUCAAGAAUCUGAUGAUAAAGCAAUAAAAGGUAGAUUACAGGCGCUAAUUAAGGACGCGUUGAUUUUGGCAAAAUCGAAAAACGUUGAUGUUUUUAAUUGCCUUGACCUUAUGGAUAACAAAUUGUUCAUCGAGGAUCUUAAGUUCGGACCCGGCGAUGGAUACUUAAAUUAUUGUGAGGGACAAUUGGCGUUGUAA